AUGGGUUCUAUGUCCUCGUUACAGGCGCAAACAGGUAUGGACUCUGUCAGCUCGUUUCUGCCGGUCAGCGGCUUGGGACUGGGUAUUAGUACACGCCUGAUCGACGAAUUUCUCCAGACGCGUCCGCAAUCCGAGUCCCUCGUCCUCAUCAUUACGACACGCGACCAACAGAAAGGCGACGCGACAAUCGAAAAAUUGCAACGUCACCUGCGACAGGUGUGCGAGAAGCAUGAACAGACGCUGCCAGGCAUCUCCCAGCUGCUGCUGCACCGCGUAUAUUUUAGGCAGGAGCGACUCGACCUCCUGAGCUUGGUCUCAGUGCAAAAGCUGUCCAAGAGAAUACGGGAUACUACACCCAAACUUGAUGCAUUGAUCUGCAAUGCUGGCAUUGGGGGAUGGACCGGCAUCAAUUGGCCUGUGGCCAUUUUCUCCAUCCUUACAACAUGGACGAAGGCAUUGACCUACCCUACCUUCAAACUGGCAGCCAUUGGCCGGGUGACGAAGCCGCAAUCAUCCACGACUGAAAAGGGCGAGGAACUCGGCGAAGUCUUCUGUGCCAAUGUCUUUGGACAUUACCUCUUAGGGCACUACCUCGCACCACUCCUAGCGAGACACUCCAAGAGCGAAGAUACCAGAGGCCGUAUCAUAUGGGUGAGCAGUAUAGAGGCAUACGACUUCACAUUCGACAUCAACGACAUACAGGGCCUCGGGUCCGAGGUGCCGUACGAAUCCUCCAAGAGAUUGACGGACGUAUUGGCAAUAAGUUCGACCCUGCCCUCCACGUCGAACCACGUAAACCAAUAUCUCGAGUACUCAGACUCGUCUGAGAAGACCACGAAGCCCCGCAUCUACGUCUCCCACCCUGGCAUCUGCGGCACCUCGAUCGUCCCCCUACCACUAGUCCUCGAGUAUCUUAUGUUCGCCGCAUUCUAUCUCGCCCGCUUCCUCGGCAGUCAGUGGCACCCGGUCACUGUGGAAAAGGGUGCAACCGCCAUGGUCUGGCUCGCCCUCGCAAACCAAAGCACACUGGACAGCAUGGAGAAGCAGGAAGGAGCAGGCAAGUGGGGCAGUGCCACAAAUUUCUGGGGCCAAGAACGAGUGGAGCGCACGGAGGUUGGGGGAUGGGGAUGGGGUGGCAAAAUGGGGGAACACAAGCGAAAGGGACGCAAUCCAUAUGCACGAGACCUUACCAAGGAGAGUGCGGAAGAGUUUAGACAAACAGGCGAGAAGUGUUGGGCAAAAAUGGAGGAACUGCGCAUCGAAUGGGAAGACCGACUUCGGACAGCUGGGGUUGCUGUCGAUAUGGACUGA